UUUAAGAAUGCGAGUUCCAACCAGUUUUUCCUGCAAGGAGUCCAGCUGAAUACCACUCUUCCCGAUGCCAGAGACCCUGCCUUCAGGGCCACCAACAACUCGCUGAGGGCCCUUCAGGCCACCGUCGGGAAGUCAUACAGGUGCAACUCUGGGGAGCACGUCCAGGUCACACGGGCCUUUGCUGUCAACAUGUUCAAGGUGUGGGUGCAGGCUUUCCACGUGGAAGGCGGCACGUUUGGGUCUGUGGAGGAGUGUCAGCUGGACGAGGACAGCCUGCUGGUCCCCAUCGCCGUGGGCGGCGCCCUGGCUGGGCUGGUCCUCGUCGUCCUCAUCGCCUACCUCAUCGGCAGGAAGAGGAGCCACGCCGGCUACCAGACCAUUUAGCGCAGCCACGCCGAGCACCCAGCUGCCACUGCAGGGCCACUGCAGGCGCCCUGAGUGUGGGUUUGUGUUGAGUGGGGCACACUUUUCUGCAAACUGGUUUUCAGAUCUGCUUUAUCCAAUGUGAAGUUCAUCCUGCAACAUUUACUAUGCACAAAAUGGUAAUUGGAAAUGAUGGUGUUAAUUUUGCUAACUGGGUUAUGUAUUUUGCUAACUGGUUAAUAAAUGUUAAUAUUUACCAAAGUAGAACUUUAAGUGGGGAGGGUCGGAGCACUUUUCUGGAUCGGCGCUGGCUCCACUCAUUUGGCUUCUCAAGAUUCUGGUGUUUGGUUUAUUCAUGAUUGGCUCAGAUUCAAGCCUUACCAAGGGGGUCUCUGCUCUUGACACGGGCUGGGGAAGGCCAGCGAGCUGCUAGGCUGACGCGCUGAAGAAGCUGGUAGAAAGAGGUGGCAGCCCAAGUGCUCCAGAGGAUGAGUCUGGACGGGCCUGUCAGCGUGUGCCGCGGCUCCCAGGCGCCCAGUCCUGUGGUCUUGCCCUGCUCUGUAGCUCACUCUAGAGCUGGUACUUUUUAAAAUAGAAAGUGGGUGUUAUUUUUAUUUACUGUUUUGUAAAGUGAUUCCGUCUUCUGUCUGAGGUUCGGGUGAAUGUUUCUGCACUUGCGCAGUGAUCAGUCUCUGACUUGUCGCUUGCAGCUCAGGUGGGGGUCCCUCCAUGGAACUUGUUUCUAUAACAAUGCUAAUAAAAUGUCUGUCUGUCUGUCUAGA